UUAGCACAACCCCAGACGACAACACCCGCCCCUUUCUUCAUUUGUCCACACAGAGAAGUUGACAACACUCCAAGUGACCGCCCACUUUACCAAAUAAGGACAAAUUGCCCAAAGACGGCAGACAAUCGAUCUGAGUGGAACCUCUUUCCCUUCCUGAUCCCGUUUAUAUGCUACGGUGACUUCCGCUGGUGCUGCUAAAGCAGUGCGAUCAUGGCGGAGCGCGUUCAGCAGCCCCCAGCUAAACGGCUCUGCUGCCGACCCGGGUAUAACACGACAUGCAGACAAGGCCAACGGGCCGGUGGAACCGUAUGUGGCGGCUCGGGUACUGGCCAAGGGGGAUCCAGCAAGACCCAGAGCCCGGAAUCUCUGUUGGACAUCGCGGCUAGGAAAGUAGCGGAGAAGUGGCCGUUCCAAAGGGUGGAGGAGCGUUUCGAAAGGAUCCCAGAACCUGUUCAAAGAAGGAUCGUCUACUGGUCUUUCCCCAGGAGCGAACGGGAGAUCUGCAUGUACUCCUCAUUCAAUACAGGCGGAGAUGAGACUACGGCCAGCGGUGAGAACAGCGACGAGACACGGCUGCCUUUCCGCCGGGGCAUCGCUCUACUGGAGAGUGGCUGUGUGGACAACGUAUUGCAAGUCGGCUUUCAUCUCAGUGGUACCGUCACAGAGCCGGCGACACCGUCGGAACCGGAGGUGGUGUGCAGCGUAGCCAUUAGCUUCGACCGCUGUAAGAUCACCUCGGUGACAUGCGGCUGCGGCAACAAGGACAUCUUCUACUGCGCCCACGUAGUGGCGCUCUCACUGUACCGCGUACGGCGGCCCGAGCAGGUCAAACUGCACCUGCCCAUCUCGGAGACACUCUUCCAGAUGAACCGGGACCAGCUGCAGAAGUUUGUGCAGUACCUCAUCACUGUGCACCACACCGAGGUGCUGCCCACCGCCCAGAAGCUCGCCGAUGAGAUCCUCUCACAGAACUCCGAGAUCAACCAAGUUCAUGGGGCUCCGGACCCCACAGCCGGAGCCAGCGUGGACGAUGAAAACUGCUGGCACUUGGACGAAGAGCAGGUCCAGGAGCAGGUCAAGCUCUUCCUGUCCCAGGGAGGCUACCACGGCUCGGGCAAGCAGCUCAACCUGCUCUUCUCCAAGGUGCGCGAGAUGCUGAAGAUGCGUGACUCCAAUGGUGCGCGUAUGCUCACCCUCAUCACGGAGCAGUUCAUGGGCGACCCUCGGCUAGCACUCUGGAGGCAGCAGGGCACCAGCAUGACUGACAAGUACCGCCUGCUCUGGGACGAGCUCGGUGCGUUGUGGAUGUGCAUUGUGCUGAACCCCCACUGUAAGGCGGAGCAGAAGGCCGGCUGGCUCCGGCAGCUCAAGAAGUGGAACAGCGUGGACGUGUGCCCCUGGGAGGACGGUAACCACGGCAACGAGCUGCCCAAUUUAACCAACGCCUUGCCUCAGGGCGCCCACGGGAACCAAGAUCCAGGCCGGCCCCACCGGACGGUGUUCACACGGGCGAUCGAGGCGUGUGACCUCCACUGGCAGGACAGUCACCUGCAGCACAUCAUCAGCGAGGACCUCUACACCAACUACUGUUACCAUGACAACACUGACAGCUCGCUCUUCGACUGCCGUGGCUGGCCCCUGUGGCACGAGCACGUCCCCACAGCAUGUGCACGAGUGGAUGCUCUUCGGUCCCACGGCUACCCCAGAGAGGCACUGCGAUUAGCCAUCGCCAUCGUCAACACGUUACGAAGACAACAGCAGAAACAGCUGGAGCUCUUUCGAAAUCACAAAAAAGACCUGCUCCAUAAAGGGUUCACGUCCAUCACCAACCCUGAGGGGUGGGUGGGGCACCCCCUAGACCCCAUCGGAACUCUCUUUAGCACCCUCGUGGACACCGGCCGAGAAGAUGAAGGGGAGGUCUCAGGCUCCACGGGUUCCACAAAGUGUUCGGAGACGUCGCACCUGCUCGCGUCAUCGUCGCAGCUGUUCCUGGAGGAGGGCGAGUCGUUUGUGGCGCUGGCGGUGGAGACGGCGCUGGUGGGCCUGGGUCAACAGAGGAGCAUGCCCGACGGCCUCUACUCCCAGGAGAAGGUCUGCCGCAAUGAGGAGCACCUUAUCGCCAAGCUGCAGGAGGUGGACCUGGACGAUGCACUUGUCAAUAUAUUCCGCAAGCAAGCAGUCUUCCUAUUAGAAGGGGGACCGUACAGUGGUCUAGGGGAACUGGUCUACAGAGAGAGUGUUCCAAUGCACACUUUUGCCAAGUAUCUCUUCACCUCUCUCCUACCUCACGACGCUGAACUGGCAUAUAAAAUUGCACUGCGAGCAAUGCGGUUACCAGUAUUGGAAUCCACAGCUCCCUCCGGCGACCUGUCCCGGCCUCACCACAUAGUAUCGGUGGUGCCAAACCGCUACCCCCGCUGGUUCACGCUCAGCCACAUCGAGUCGCAACAGUGCGAGCUGGCCUCCACCAUGCUCACCGCAGCCAAAGGUGACGGCCGGCGGUUAGAAACAGUAUUAGAGUCCAUACAGAAAAACAUCCACACCUCGUCGCAUAUCUUCAAACUGGCGCAGGAUGCCUUCAAGAUCGCCACUCUCAUGGACAGCCUGCCUGAUAUCACCUUACUCAAAGUAUCCCUGGAGCUAGGACUUCAGGUAAUGAGAAUGACACUUUCAACGUUAAAUUGGAGAAGGCGGGAAAUGGUACGGUGGCUGGUGACCUGUGCCACAGAAGUUGGGGUCUAUGCACUGGACAGCAUCAUGCAGAGCUGGUUCACCCUCUUCACACCAACGGAGGCCACGAGCAUCGUGGCGACCACCGUCAUGUCCAACAGCACCAUCGUGCGCCUGCACCUGGACUGCCACCAGCAGGAGAAACUGGCAGGCAGCGCGCGGACGCUGGCGCUGCAGUGCGCCAUGAAGGACCCGCAGAACUGCGCUCUCUCCGCCCUCACGCUCUGCGAGAAGGACCACAUCGCCUUCGAGACGGCCUACCAGAUCGUGCUCGACGCCGCCACCACCGGCAUGAGCUACACGCAGCUCUUCACCAUCGCCCGCUACAUGGAGCACCGCGGCUACCCCAUGCGCGCUUACAAGCUGGCCACGUUGGCCAUGGCUCACCUCAACCUGAGCUACAACCAGGACACGCACCCGGCCAUCAACGACGUGCUGUGGGCCUGCGCGCUCAGCCACUCGUUGGGUAAGAACGAGCUGGCCGCCAUCAUCCCGCUGGUGGUCAAGAGCGUCAAGUGCGCCACGGUGCUCUCGGACAUCCUACGCCGGUGCACGCUCACCACGCCGGGAAUGGUGGCGCUGCACAGCCGGCGGAACUCGGGCAAGCUGAUGUCGCUGGACAAGGCGCCGCUGCGCCAGCUGCUGGACGCCACCAUCGGCGCCUACAUCAACACCACGCACUCACGGCUCACACACAUCAGCCCGCGCCACUACAGCGAGUUCAUCGAGUUCCUCAGCAAGGCGCGCGAGACUUUCCUAAUGGCACACGACGGACACAUCCAGUUCACGCAGUUCAUAGACAACCUGAAACAGAUCUACAAAGGCAAAAAGAAACUGAUGAUGCUGGUUCGAGAGCGGUUUGGUUAAAUGCCCCACAUAGGGAGGAGGGGUGGGAGCAAAAACAAGAAAAAAAAACACAUACCCUUCCUCUCUGCUUUUACUUGAGUUUGCCUUUGUAUCGUUUCUAACUUAAAAGUGACAACUUGUAAAACAAACAAACAAACAAACAAACAAACAAACAAACAGAGAACCAAUGGAAGAAGCGGGACUUGAGGGAUGCAGCCGGAACCACAGCGGUAUUAUUAUGUGUAUAGACCUGUUAGUUUGCAAAGAAAAAAAAAAGACAAAAAAAACAAACAAACAAACAGAAAGUGUCAUGUCGUGGACGUUUGUGUGUUUCCCUUCAUUUUGUAUGAAAGAGCGUGAGUGCGAAAGAGUAAAAAAAGAAACGAAAAAAGAUGUUUUGGUUUACACUGAGUAUAUGUUGUCCAGUGGCAAAAGCCCACAUAGCACUUCUGUUAUCUCUGUUCACAAUCCCAGCCUCAAAGAGAAGAGAUAUGGCUUUAAACCAAACACGACACCUCCAUCCUAAGUGACAAGUACCUCGUACGGAUCCAGCUUUACUCCUUCCUAACCUUCUCACACAUUUCCAGUAAAGUGAAUAAGCGUGCAGAAAACAGAGGGGGAAAAAAAGCAAUUUUCCUAGCUGUUGUUCUUUUUUUUCUUCCCCAGGAAGCCGUGAAAUGUCCAACUUCAAGCUACCCUUGCUUUGCAGUGCUGUUUGGUCAGAAGCAUAUAGACAAACAACACCUGUUAUUACACACAUACUGCACGCACACACACACACACACACACACACACACACACACACACACACACACACACACACACACACGCAAAAGAAGUCCAACAUCCCCAUUGUGCUUGCGCUUGUGGAAACUUAGCAACUGUCAACAUACAUUCUCAGGGAUUUCUCUAAAAACAGAAAAUGACAAAAAAAAGAGAGAAUGAAAGCAUUUUAUUGUACUGUAUAUAUGAUAGUAUAUGUCUGAAUAUUGAGAAAAUGUAUAUGUUAACUAAUUUAUAAAAGAAUAUUCUAUGUAAUGCAAAAUACUUGAAGCUGCAGUACCAUGGUUUUAAACAAACAAAAAAGCAACAUAUCAGAAGGACUUAACGGUGGCCAUGCCUGAGGUCACGUGUGAGAACGGUGGACUUAUAUGCUGGGUUUCUAUGCAGAGCCACUUGAAGCACUGCAUGUUCAGGCUGGUCUAUCUAAACCAUGACUGGGGGGGAUGUUUUGUAUGUACAUACAAAAUGUUUGUAUCCGGUGUGGACUCUGAAGACUUCUUUUGUACAGGGCGUCAGAGAUAAAGGAGAGAGAGGGAGAGGAAGAGGGGGAGAGAGACAGAAAGACACGGAUGAACCAGAGCAGCAAGCCUUAGCAUUAAGUAGGUAAUGCAAGCAUCACAGGCCUGUGUGCCUCAAAAGCCUAGAAAUGUAGAGAUCCAACAGAAAUGGACUUUAUAAUUAUCAACGUCGACCACGCGGACAUCCAGAGUAACAAUUGGCCUGAAACACAUCCAUAACUCUCUCCACAAUGAUCAAGUCACAAAGAAGAAAAUACAAACUCCAUUUUAUGCACAAAUAACAUGUCCAUGCCUUCUCUGCUGGCAUCUUGACUUUGUGCAGGACAGAAAGUUGCUGUAUAUGUCUGACUGUUCCAAUUUUUUAAAUGCUUUUUUUGUUUUUCCCUUUUCUUUUUCUUUCUCUUUUUUUUGUUCCUUUUUGAUUUCGUUCCUCUAGAAUUCCUCAAACAAGAACAGCCUUCUUUCUCGCCUUGUCUUAACGCUUUAAAAUAACCAAACUGGAGUUCUAACUACCAAACUUGUUCAUUAAAAUGAAAAGCCAACCAACUUUGGUUACAACUUUAGUGUCUUUAAUUUUAGCUGAAUGGUUCUGUACUUUGUGCUUUAAAAAGCAUUUUUUUUUUUCUUUUUGGUGCAAAAACGUUGUAUAGUGUCUCUUGUUCUCUUAGAGGUAUGUUUGUAGCUCUUUAUUUUGUUUGUUUUCUUUAGAAACAGAAAUCUCAUGUUCUCCAUUUUAUUUAUUAUGAAAGGUAAACGAUUGUAUUUCAUCACCCUUGGCAACAUGCUCAUGAAGUUGAAAUUAAGAUUUGAUACACCAAUAUCAAUUUAUUUAUGUAACUAAAUCACUGUUUUAUAAACUUGUUAAUGAUUCAACAUUUUUGUUUUAAUUAAAUUAGUUUUUUGAGAGGA